CAGGCGGGCCACUGUCACAGGCGCCCCGCGCUCCGGCUUGGUCCCGUCCCGCGCGCACCCGGCCGCACGGCGCACACUCGCGCUCUGGGACCGCAUCCAGCCCCUCUCCGAGAGUCCUCAUGGGGCCCGAGGCCGCCUGCCCAGGGAGGGGCCUCCUGUCUGGCCUCCAGGUGAGGACCUGGAUCGAACCCGUGGUGGCCUCCACGCAGGUGGCCGCCUCCCUCUAUGAGGCGGGGCUGCUCCUCGUGGUGAAGGCGUCCUUUGGAGCCGGGGCCUCCAACCACAGCACCAGCCCGUCGCCCCGGGACGCCCUGGAGGACCAGCAGCAGAGGGCCAUCUCCAAUUUCUACAUCGUCUACAACCUCGUGGUGGGCCUGACGCCGCUGCUGUCCGCCUAUGGUCUGGGCUGGCUCAGCGACCGCUACCACCGCAAGAUCUCCAUCUGCGUGUCCCUGCUGGGCUUCCUGCUCUCCCGCCUCGGGCUGCUGCUCAAGGUGCUGCUGGACUGGCCGGUGGAGGUGCUGUACGGGGCGGCGGCGCUAAAUGGGCUAUGCGGCGGCUUCUCGGCCUUCUGGUCCGGUGUAAUGGCCCUGGGCUCCCUGGGCUCCCCCGAGGGUCGCCGCUCUGUGCGCCUCAUCCUCAUCGACCUGAUCCUGGGCCUGGCAGGAUUCUGCGGGAGCAUGGCCUCUGGGCAUCUCUUCAAGCAGAUGCUUGGGCACUCUGGGCAGGGCUUGGUGCUGACCGCCUGCAGCGUGAGCUGGGCUGCUUUUGCGCUUUUCUACAGCCUCUUGGUCCUGAAGGUCCCUGAGUCGAUGGCCAGACCCAGCAGGGUGCUCCCUGUGGUGGACACGGUAUCUGGCACGGUUGGCACCUACCGUGCCCUGGAUCCUGAUCAGUUAGACAAGCAGAGUGUGGUGGGGCACCCUCCAUCCCCUGGGAAGGCACAGCCCCCAAGGACUAUCAUUGCCCUGCUCUUUGUGGGUGCCAUCAUAUAUGACCUGGCUGUGGUGGGCACCGUGGACGUGAUGCCUCUUUUCAUGCUAAGGGAGCCUCUCAGUUGGAACCAAGUGCAGGUGGGCUAUGGCAUGGCUGCAGGGUACACCGUCUUCAUCACCAGCUUCCUGGGCGUCCUGGUCUUCUCCCGCUGCUUCCAGGACACCACCAUGAUCAUGAUCGGUAUGGUGUCUUUUGGGUCAGGAGCCCUCCUCUUGGCGUUUGUGAAAGAGACAUACAUGUUCUACAUUGCUCGAGCUGUCAUGCUGUUCGCACUCAUCCCCAUCACAACCAUCCGAUCAGCAAUGUCCAAACUCAUAAAGGGCUCCUCUUACGGAAAGGUGUUCGUCAUCCUGCAGCUGUCCCUGACUCUGACCGGGGUGGUGACCUCCACGGUGUACAACAAGAUCUAUCAACUCACCAUGGAAAAGUUUGUUGGCACCUGUUUUGCUCUCUCCUCCUUUCUCUCCUUCCUGGCCAUCAUCCCAAUUGGAUGCAGGGACAGGAUCUUGAAUCCAUCAAGUAAGUACCUGAGUGCUUAUGUGAAUGAGGCACUGAAGUAGUUGAUCAUUAUUUCUCUCUCACAGUCAUGUACCAGUAAAGAGACACAUGGGAAAAUAAAGCCUCAUUGGCUAUAUGCCAGAAUCACCUAGAAAGCUUUAAAAGUCACUGAUGUCUGGAUCCCACCCCCAGAGAUUCCGACUCAGUCGAUCUGGAGUGCAGCCUGCGCACAGGAAUUUUUAAAAGCUCUCCAGAUGAUUUGAAUAUACAACCAAGAUUGAUAACUCUGGUACAAGUGUUUCCAUUACCUUUCCCUUCCGUGGAGUCCCUGAAUGAACAAGAUCUUGAAAAAUUCUUACAGUUAGAAGAGGCCAAGGAGGUACCAUCAAUCCAGUGAGACCACCGGGGAAAAGCAGUAGAACGUUCCAACCACAGAGAGGAAAGCUACAUUCUAAUGACAUAGAAGCCCAGGAAGGCAUGUGAGAGCAGGGAACAAAGGAGGCAGCAGAGGGCAGAACGCUGGAGGAAUGGUCCCUGGGCCAGAGCUGCCAACAGCCUGCUUGCCAGAAGGGACUGUGUCCCCGGCCCUUUCUGGUCCCAAAGUGAGUCCAUUUCACAUUACUGUUGAGAACCGCCCUUCUCCUACUUGCUCUUCUUACGUGCAAUUGGGAGAUGUUAAAGGAGUAACUGUCUCUGCCCGUCUGUGACCUACUUGCCACUGGAUUCUUCUCUGCCCUCCCCACCCUUUUUAAAUUAAUAGUAACAAUAGCAAACCUGUAAAUAGCCCUUAUCAUGGGCCAGCUACUACUUAAAAUAUUGCAUAUAUUUAAUGAAUUUAAUCUUCCCCCAAAGUUCUUGGAGGUCAUGACUAUUGUUAUUUUUGCAAAUAAGGAGACAGACACUCUAGGGUGUUCUGUAACUUACCAAAUUCCACAGCCAACAAGUGGCAGAGACAAGGGUUGAACCCAGGCAGUCUCUGACCCACCACAGGGCACGGCUUCUUAGAGGAGUCACCAGUGUCGGGUGCCACCUGUCCCGUCUCCUUAGAGAGCUCUCUCCCCUCGAAAGCGAGCUGCUCUCUCCUGAAUGCUUACUGAACCGACAUGUGAUCUACCACCCAAUCUCUCCUCAACCUCCAUUGGCUUCAUGGUCAGCUUCUGCAAAGGCUGGUGUGCACUUGCUGCAUCCUCAUCUCCCACCCAUCUGAGGCCCCCCUCGAC